AUGCCCAGGUCGCCGCCUCCUGCGAGAGAGGGCUCGCACCACGCCCAUCCGGAUCGUGGGCGCGGCCGCCGCGACGACCGCCAACUGCGAACGAGGUCCCCAUCGCCGACUACAAGGCCGCGCGUCGUCCCGGCGGUGCCGGAGCGCCGGAGCGCAUCGCCAGACGGAGAGCCGCGCCGGGCGGACCGCGCACGCAGUCACCACCGUCACCGGCGAGAGCGGAAUCGGUCCCGUCGCGCGUCGGAGGCUGUCUCUGGCCAUGUGGCGCUGCCGUUCUCGGCGCGGAUGCUGUCCAAGUCGGACUACCGUGCGUUUGAGCCGCUCUUUGCGUACUAUCUGGAUCUGCAGAAGCAGCGGUGUCUGGGGGACAUGGACGAGCGAGAGGCCAGGGGAAGGUGGAAGAGUUUUGUGGGCAAAUGGAACAGGAACGAGCUCGCCGAGGGGUGGUAUGACCCCGACAUGUUUGCCAAGUGCGCGAUGGCCGACCGUUCACCUCCGGGCGAGGCUUGUGCGAGAAGAGACGAGCGCGACGAGCGUGACGGGCCGCCAGAGGAGAUUCCUGGGGGGCGGGAAGCGACGUCCGCGACGGGGGACAGCGACGACGACGACGACGACGACGAAGAUUAUGGCCCGGCGCUGCCGUCGUCGGAUCCAUGGCGGAAGGUGGUGGGCGCCAGGGCACCGACCUUUCAGGACCUGUCGCUGCGGAAUGAGCUUGCGGAGGAGCAGAGGGCGGGUGAUCGCGAAGAGCUACGGCGAGCCCGGAAGGCGGAUAGGGCCGUUCAAAAGGAGCGUUUGGAGGAGUUGGUGCCUCGGGCGGAGCCGGGCAGCCGCGAGCGUAGACUGGAGAAGAAGAGGGAGGUGAACGACAAGAUGAGGCAGUGGAGGGAUACGAGUCCCGGGUUGGAGGGCGGCGACGACCGGCAGCUCAUGGGCGAAGGGGACGGGCUGGAGGAACUCAAGCGGGCCAGGAAGAGGGAGCAGAAACGCAAGUCGGAGAGGCAGCUGCAGAGGGAGGAGUUUGAGAGGGCCAAGGCGGAGGAGAUGAAGGAGAGGAGGCGGGCUUGGCAGCAGAGGGAGGAGGGCACGGUCAGUAUGCUUCGAGAGUUGGCGAGGCAGAGAUUCGGAUGA